UUUUUUAGUGGGUCAGGAGUGUUUCAACGACACACCAACUUUAUUAAUGUUGUGUCCUAAGAAAACCUAAAAUUCAAUUCGGCUCCAAGUCUCCAAUUGAAAUAAGAAAACGCGAUGCCCUUGGCGUUUUCCCUCCCGCAAAUUUCACUUCCCUCCCCAAAUUUCACUUCCCUCUUCAAUUGAAACCCACCAGAAGAAACUCAUUCACUCCAUUUCCCUUUUUUAGUUGUAAUAGAAAAAAGAGAACAAACUCGAGCUGAAAACACCUUCGAUCUGAUUCGACUCGGUGGAGGAGGCGGCGACUCAUAACAAGGGUUCAACUCAUAGUAAGGUGUGAGACAUGUUCUGGGAAAAAUUUCAGUAGAAGCAUGUUGAGGUUCCGAUCCCAACUCUGAAGAAAGAUGAGGUUUUGCUGAAUUGGAAGUGGCUAGUAUAAUCCAAUUGAUUGUUUGGAGUGGGAGUUCUGGAGGUCUAUGGGAAGUUGCUGCACUAAAUUGUUAAUCUCUAGGUCAGUUUCCCUGAUCCCUUCCUAUUAUUUAUUAAUUAGGGACUUGCACAAGGCAGGGUUAUAUCAGUGGUUGCUUCGAAUAUAGCUAUUUGUUCAGAUUCAUGGCUCAUGGUUAGUAUCACUUGUUCUUAAUGAAUUUAUGUUUUUGGGAUUAUAUAAAUGAACUAAGAAUCAAUGCUAAAUGCAAUUACAUCUUUCGUUUACAUAUGUGCUUGCAGGAAAUAAAAGACCAAGGCUUUUGAAUAGCAGAUGAUUAGAUACUUAAAGCCUUAAAGGCUGGUUCCAUCUCCUUUUUUUUUUUCCCUUGAAUAAUUAAGUAGCUAGUUCUCUGUAGUGUACCAAUGUCUAAGAGGUUAGUUUUCGAUGAUUCUUGUUUGAUGUUUUUGUAGAAGUAAGUUGUUGCUAAUAUGAAAAUGCUAAUAUGAAAACCAUAAUUGCAAGGGAGGCUAAAAUGUUUUACCCUGUCUAAUGAUGGAUUCAUUUCAACUGUCAAGUUGAUUGGUUUUGGAAUGUACAAACUGAAGAUCUUAGACUAGCUGGAUGUUUUUUGUGUUACUAAAAUACUUGUCAAUGUGUUGUAGGACUUUUUUUUUGUGUCCGUGGUCAUCAGGCAACACCCUGAACUUAAGGAUAGGCCUGUAGAUGUAUGUCAUUCUGAUAAUUCACAGGGCACUGCUAAAUUUCAUCUACAAACUACCCUGCUCGAGAUUAUGGUUUGUUUUGGAGUGAUGGCUGCGAUGUUUGUUAGAGAUGCUAAGGCUCUUUGUCCACACCUUGUCAUUCUUCCUUAUGAUUUUGCAGCGUAUGAGGAGGUAGCUAAUCAGUUCUAUGACAUUCUACAUAAGCACUGUAGAAAAGUACAAGCAGUAAGCUGUGACGAAGCAUUUUUAGAUGUCACAUUCUUGGAAGGGGUAGAUAUGGAUAUGUUAGCCUCAAUUAUAAUACAAGAGAUCUUUGAGACUACUGGAUGCAUUGCAAGUGCUGGCAUAGCUAGAAAUAUGCUCAUGCCUUGCCUUACAACAAGAACUGCUAAACCAGAUGGUCGAUGCAACAUUCCUCCCAAAAGGGGGCAUGAUUAUUUAUAUGAACUUCCCAUCAAGACGCUUCUAGGAAUAGGACACGUUUUAGAGGAGAAGUUGAAGAAGCGAAAUGUUUUGACGUGUGGACAAUUGCGCAUGAUUCCUAAGCCUUGCAAUGUGGUUUGUAGUAGCUAUUUUUAUGCUGGUGGAUGUGUAUGGUUGGCACGUUUAUCUUUGGCUAUCCUAUGUUCCACUUUUGGUCAUUCUGGUCCUAGGAACCAAACUUGAAAACAUUACUAACAUUGCUGCUUUGGACCUUGUAGAAUGCAUUUGAGCUUGCCUUCUUUGUUUGCGUUCCUGCCCAAUUCGGAGUAAAAUUGUGCUACCACGAGCACACUAUGAUCAUUGUUACAAGAGUUUUCUUAGUGGUGACCACCCAAGUCCUCUGUAGCUACAUUACUCUUCCUCCGUAUGCACUUGUAACACAGAGAUGGGUUCACAAUUCAAGGUUAAGAUACUAGAAGAUAACAUGGCUGGCAUUCUAAAGCAAUGGCACAGUGAUGUGAGGAGGAAAGGGAAGAAGGAAGAACAAGAAUCACAAUCGUGCAGCACGUCUUUUUCCAUGGAAUGGAGCUCCAUGAGGCACAACAUAUGUAUAUGCAGAUUUCUUACUUCUGAUAUGAAUCAAAUUAGUUAUAUAUAUUUGAAGCCUACUUAGUGUAGGAGCAACUUUGAAUUAAAUUGGUCAAAACAGUAGAGUAGGACAUUUUGGAUCUUUAUUCUCCUUUAGUGAGAUGGGCUUUUGGUGUUUGUAGAUUACUUGUAUUGGAUGUUUUCUAUAUCAGUUCUCAUAUUAUAAGGACUC